AUGUUGCAAACACUGUGGCUCGCCAUACUGGCGGUGAGUGUCGGAGCGAUUCCUCCCUCCCCAGACAGUCUGAGUACGGGCAUCACCAUUAUCGCCGACAAUGACUUGCAAGGUGUCGAUAGUCCGACUGCCAAUUCCAGUAUAAUUGUGCUCUCGGCCCGGCCAUACAGUGACGCACUCGUGGCUUGCAAGGCCUUGGGCGAGCAGCUGUGGUCGCCAGAACUAGGAAGCACGAGUAUACAACACAAUCUUGAUUAUCUAAGAUACAAGGAUAAUGCGCUCGGGUCGUCCCAGUUCUGGAUUGCUUCGAAAGGAGUGGGGAGCAGAGCGAUUGACCGCACUGGCCGCGUCUCCUGGCCGGCAAUCGCUUCCCGACUUCCAGUCAUUUGCACGCAGACUGCACCCUUCUCGAACGAGUCUUUCAAGGAUACAAGCGAGCAGUGGCAAGUCACCGUUAGGUCCAAUGGCGAAUAUCUGACUGGUUUCCGUGACCGCUACAGCUUCCGCUUUCUUGGUGUUCGUUAUGCACCGCAACCCGAGCGCUUUACAUACUCUACACCGUAUGUCGGAAACGGCAGUCAGGUCUCGGCUCUAGAGUAUGGCUCGCAAUGUGUUCAAGGCGGCAACGUGGGCUCGGAGGAUUGCCUCUUCCUAAAUAUAUGGACCAAUUAUCUACCCAGCACCAAUUCGACAAUCAAGGACCUCCGACCGGUAAUGGUUUGGAUCCACGGAGGGGCUUUUACUGGAGGUACUGGAAAUGAUCCAACUGCAGACGGAGGCAACCUGGCAUCUCGUGGCGACGUGGUGGCUGUCGACAUCAACUACCGACUAACAACCCUGGGCUUUCUCGCCCUCGACGAUGGUGUGACCAAUGGAAACUUUGGACUCGCUGACCAGAUUAAUGCACUGGAUUGGAUUCGUAAAAACAUUAAAGAUUUCGGAGGCGAUCCCGACAAGAUCACCAUCUUUGGUCAGUCGGCCGGAGCCGGAAGUGUUCGCGCACUUCUCGCUUCUCCGAAGUCCGUUGGCAAGUUUGCCGGUGCCAUUCCCAUGAGUAACCUAGGCGGCAUCCAAUAUGGAACGACCUAUUCCAAGUACUAUACAAUCGAAGAGGAGAUGCAAGUUGCCGGAAACGCGAUUCUGAAUGCCACAAACUGCACGAAUGCGGCCUCUCGGGUCAACUGCCUGAGAGCAUUCUCGGCCUAUGACAUCGCCAACCUUGGCACAUCGGCUAGGUAUCCCGUAGUCGACGGUACAUACCUGACCUCUGAUGAGCUGCAGCUAUACGGAGAUCCGCUACCCGCGAAGAUCCUCAUUGGUAUAAUGCGUGAUGACGGCGCUGCCAUGAUCAGCUAUCCAACCACGACGGAUGAGGAGACGUACCUCAAUACUUCCGGCUUCCCCAUUCCUCCUGCCAAUUUGUAUCCAAUCCCAACGCUCGAGAAUCAAACCCUCGCACUCUACAACAUGUCCUCGCGACUCGCGACCGGCGGCAUCUUCCGCUGCAUCGACCAGGCCACAGUCUACACGGGCCUUCGCUCGGGGCGUUUCCAGCCCGACGUCUACUACUACGAGUUCAACCGGUCGUACCAGACAACAGGCUGGCCAGGGCUCGACACGUGCGAGCCGCCCAAGACGGCCUCGCGACCCUAUGGCGACACCGAUGCCGAGUACUUCAAGUGCCACUCGGGCGAGCUGUACUACGUCUUUGGCAACCUGGCGCGGCAAGGCUUGCCAAUGCGGGACGAGAAUGACCUUCCGUUUGAGCAAUUCGUCCUCGACUCGUUUUCGUCGUUUGCAAGGACGUUUGAUCCAAACCCAGACGCCGGAUUCCUAGAGGCAAGAGGAUAUCAAAACACGAUUGACGAGUUGGAGGUUGCCGGUCGAUGGCUGCCAGCUACCAAGGACAAUCUGACCAGACGCACGCUGCAAUGGCCGAGUAUCCAGCAAUCAUUUUCGGAAUUGGAGCAGUGCGAGGCGAUUGGCUUGGGAAUUAAUUAUUAUGAGCAGUAA